AUGUGGCCUUUUACCAAAUCUGAAGAAGUCAAACCAUUAGGAGAAGAUCUACCUAAUGACUUGAAAGACUUUUUAAUACAGAAAAACAAUGAAACAACACAAUCAUCAUCAUCAGAACCAUAUAAAUUUGAAGCAUCAAGAAAUUUGAAUAGAGUAAAAGAAAUAUUAACAAAACAACCCAUAAGAAAUCAAGAAGAUCAAUAUCAAUUUGAAAAAUUUAAAUUAUCAAAUCAAUUACAAAAUUCAGUUGCAAUAAAUUGUUCAGAAUUAGAAUAUAAUUUAAAUUUAUGUUUUCAAAAUUAUUCAAUAAUAAAAGAUAUGUUUAAAUAUCCAUGUUUUAAUAAACAACAAGAUUUAAAAAGAUGUAAAAAUUUACAAACUGAUGGAUUUAAAUUAUUACAUUAUCAAGAUUGUUAUAAUAUUCAACAAUGUAAUGCAAUCAAACAAUUUUUAGAUGAAAUGUUUGUUAAAAAUUUUGGAGAAUUAGGUGAAAAUACUAAUGAUAAUGAAAAAGUUAAUCAAUUUUAUAAUGAUUUGAAUAAAGGAUUUGAUAAAAUUUGGAGAUGA